UCUAAAGCCCACCAUAUCCUUCUACUACCUUCUUUCAAUUCUCAGAUUCCAGCCAUGAGAAGUGACAGAGAGAGUGUGUGGCUCUUUGCUCUCGCAUCCAAAUGGCUAGCUUUUUCUGAAGAAAGCUUUGCAUGGUCAGUUUUGAUCAUCGUUCUUACCUGGCUUUUUAUGACCCUCGUCUGUUGGGCUCACCCCGGUGGUCCAGCUUGGGGUAAGUUCAGGUUCUUAAACCGUUCCUUUCUUUCUGCUGUUAACAAGAGGAUUCCAGGGCCUAGAGGUUUGCCUGUAAUUGGCAGCAUGAAUCUCUUGGCCAGCUCCUUGGCUCACCACCGGAUUGCGGCCGCUGCUCAAGCAUGCAAUUCCGAGAGGCUAAUGGCCUUUAGCCUCGGUCAUACUCGUGUCAUCGUUACGUGUAAUCCUGAUGUAGCCAGAGAGAUUCUUAACAGCUCCGUGUUUGCUGAUCGGCCGGUGAAAGAGUCGGCUUAUAGAUUGAUGUUCAACCGUGCUAUUGGCUUCGCUCCUUACGGUGUUUACUGGCGAACCCUGAGGAGAAUCGCGGCGACGCAUCUUUUCUGUCCUAAGCAAAUAAAAGGUGCGGAGGAUCAGAGGCGCGAGAUUGCCUCCGAAAUGGUCACUUUAUUUGCUCAACAUGACCGAAUCUUCCAAGUUCGCCAAGUGCUCAAACGGGCUUCUUUGAACAACAUGAUGACUUCUAUAUUCGGACGAAAGUAUAAGUUAAAUUCCACCAAUAAUGAAGUUAAAGAACUGCAAGCGCUGGUUGAUAAAGGGUACGAUUUACUCGGCACAUUAAAUUGGUCCGACCACCUCCCUUGGCUAGCGGAAUUCGACCCUCAAAAACUCAGAGUUCGAUGCUCUAACGUUGUACCUAAAGUUGAACACUUUGUCUCCCGAAUUAUAUCCGAUCACAGAGCUAAAUCAAACGGCGAAACAGAAGAUUUCGUUGAUGUUUUGCUUUCUCUCCAAGGUGACGAUAAAUUAUCAGACUCCGACAUGAUCGCCGUUUUGUGGGAAAUGAUAUUCAGGGGAACUGAUACAGUUGCGGUCUUGAUCGAGUGGAUACUAGCCAGGAUCGUGCUUCAUCCCGAUGUUCAACGAAGGGUCCAUGAUGAGCUUGACGAAGUUGUUGGUAGGUCAAGAGCCGUUGACGAGUCCGAUGUAACCAACAUGAUUUAUCUAGCGGCUGUGAUCAAGGAGGUUCUAAGGCUUCAUCCGCCUGGCCCACUGCUCUCUUGGGCCCGCCUCGCUAUCACCGAUACGACAAUCGAUGGGUAUGACGUGCCGAGAGGGACAAUGGCAAUGGUUAACAUGUGGGCCAUCGCGAGGGACCCUCAGGAGUGGCCGGACCCACUCGAAUUUAUGCAUAGAUUUGUUACAAAAGAGGGCGAAGUGGAGUUUUCUGUGCUUGGUUCGGACCUUAGGUUGGCUCCAUUCGGGUCGGGCAGACGGACAUGCCCGGGGAAGAACUUGGCUUUGACCACCGUCGGCUUCUGGGUUGCCACCCUUGUGCAUGAGUUCGACUGGCUGCCGUCCGAUCAAAAUACUGUCGACCUAUCCGAGGUUCUCAGGCUAUCUUGUGAAAUGGCCAAUCCUUUGAGCGUUAAAGUUCGACCCAGGCGUAGGUUAAGCCUAUCUCCCUCACAUGGAAAAUGAGAUUAAAAAUGGAAAUUAAUGCAAGACAGAAUGAUUACCAGUAAUAGCUUAUAUGCAUAUCCCUCGAGUGUUUUUAAUUUCAUAAGCUUUUAACCGUUGUAAAAUGUAAAUAU